AUGGAUGACGGCGGGGCGACACGCCCCACAUGGCAGCACGCGGUGGCGACAACUCGACGGCGAGUCGUCGCUUGUGGCUGGCAACGCGAAACGCUUCUCGCGACGCGGCUCACUCACGCGCGACCCCGCCGCCGUCUCCAACCGUUACUCGCGCUCCCCGCCGUCUUCCUUCUCCUCCUCGCGUCGCCGCGCGCGCUCGUGCGAUCCCGCGUCGUGCUAUCCCAGGACGCCAACCCCCGCCUGCCCGCGACUGCUGCCGCGAGAGGCGCAGCGAGUGGCACAGGCAGCGCGGACGCGGCGGCGUGGCUGUCCACCCGCGAAGGAACCCCCGCGGGGAAACCAUUCAGUUCCGCCUCCACCGCAGGCUCGGUUUCGGCUUCAGAAUCAGUCACGGCGGCUUCCACGCGGGUUGCCACGCGCGGGCCAUGGGCGGCGGCGAUCGCGGAGUCGGUGACGCGGGGAGUGCGGGAAGACGGCGAAGGGGAGACGGGAGCGGGAGGGGAAGGCGAAGACGAAGGGCGGACGGCGCGCGCGGGGCGGACGCGAGAAGCAUUUGCGGGGAGGGCAGCGCCCAUCGUGCUGCCGCUGCAGCGGCAGGUGCGGCGAGCGCACUCGAGGGAGCGGAAGACAGGCGGGGAGCGUGUGGAGGCAGGGGACGCGCCGCGAGCGGGGGAAGGCGGAGAGGCGGGAACGCGGAGACGGCAGUUGCGGGGGCUGCCGCUUGACCUGCGGGGCUCCGUGCUUGAGCUGGGGUACUACUACGUGACGCUGUACCUGGGGUGGCCGCCACAGCGGUUCGCGCUGAUAGCGGACACGGGCAGCAGCAUCACCUACGUGCCCUGCGCUGCCUGCACGCACUGCGGUAACCACCAGGAUCCGCGCUUCAACCCGUCGCUCUCAGCAUCCUACGCCACCAUCCCCUGUGCACACGAGCGCUGCCUCACACGCGCCUGCUCGCCCACGGGGCUGUGCACGUACCACGGCGUGUACGCCGAGGCCAGCUCCACUCGCGGCCUCCUCGCCUCCGACCUCCUCUCCUUCGCCCCGCCCCCCCUCUCCCCCUCCGCGCCACACCCCUCGGCCGCACAGCCCCGCGUGCCAGCAGGGGGGGUGCAUGAGGCGCACUCACCUCCCCAGCCUACACCGCCUGCCGCCGCAGCCGUGCCUCUCAACGCCUCUCAGGCGCCAUCCUCACUGCAUCCAGCAGCAGCAGGGCCGUCAGGCGAGAGAGUGCUACUGGCGGGGGCAGGGGAGGCGGGGGUGGGCGGUGGAGAGGGCAGCGUGGGGGAAGCAGGGGUAGGUGGGGGGGCAGAGGGUGAGGAGGGUGCGGGCGAGAGAGAGGGCGUGUCACGAGCUGCAGAGCGAGCUGCCCCGGAUGGCCCGCGACUGGUCUUCGGGUGCGAGCUACAGGAGACGGGCGACCUGUACCUGCAGCGCGCGGACGGCAUAGUGGGGCUGGGCCGGGACGCGCUGUCGCUGCCCAACCAGCUCGUGCUCUCCGGGGCCAUGCGGGAAGACGUCUUCUCCCUCUGCUUCGCCGCCCCCGCUGCCCCUCAUCCUGCUGCCCCCCGUGCUGCUGCUGGCCAUGAUGGUGACGAUGGCGGAGUGGAGCACGGGGUUCAUGGUGAUGCCUCUCACGACGCCAAGGGAAGCAGCGCUGCUGACGGCGAGCUGGAUGAGCAGCCAGGCACGGCGCAGGGGCAGGGGGGAGGGGAGGGCGAGGGGGAGGGGGGGGUUGUGGACGUGGAGGGGGAGGGGGGCGAGCUGAUUCUGGGGCGCGCGGAGGAGCUGCCCGGCACCGUGUGGACGCCCCUGCUGCCCUCCGCCAGUGAGACCUCGUACUACAUAGUGAGUGUGGAGGAGAUGGUGGUGGGGCGGCAGCGCGUGGCAGUAGCGGCAUCAGUGUGGGAGGAGGGGCCGUACGGUGGGGUGAUGCUGGACAGCGGCACCACCUUCUCCUACCUGCCCUCCCCCGCCUUCCACGCCUUCAACGCCCUCGUGAGCAUGCAGUGGGCGGGCGGGAGGGCAUGUGGGAGCAGCGGUGGCAGGAGUGAUGGCUUGCCUCCACUGCUGGGAUCACUCGGGAUCACGCCCCUGCCUUCAUUCCCUGCCCCGCUCUUCGUGCGGGCGGCGGUGCCUCUCCCACAGAUACCCGGCCCGGACGCGCGCUACUCCGACAUCUGCUUCGCCAACGUCUCCCAGAGAGCCCCCCCUGUGUCUCGCUUCAUCUCACCCACCCGCCUUCAAUUGCCCCACCUCCUCUGCAAUGCUCUCCCCGCUCUCCUUCACCUCCUCGUCCCCCAUGCACCCAUCAGCGCGGGCGGCAUGAACCGGCUGUUCCCAGCGGCCACCAUAGUGUUUGGCAACGGAGCAGCGCUGCGCCUCCUGCCGCACAACUACCUCUUCAAGGUCUGCCUACCCACACCGCUCCUCCUCGCUGCAUGCUCUCCUCCUCGCUGCAUGCUCUCCUCCUCGCUGCAUGCUCUCCUCCUCGCUGCAUGCUCUCCUCCUCGCUGCAUGCUCUCCUCCUCGCUGCAUGCUCUCCUCCUCGCUGCAUGCUCUCCUCCUCGCUGCAUGCUCUCCUCCUCGCUGCAUGCUCUCCUCCUCGCUGCAUGCUCUCCUCCUCGCUGCAUGCUCUCCUCCUCGCUGCAUGCUCUCCUCCUCGCUGCAUGCUCUCCUCCUCGCUGCAUGCUCUCCUCCUCGCUGCAUGCUCUCCUCCUCGCUGCAUGCUCUCCUCCUCGCUGCAUGCUCUCCUCCUCGCUGCAUGCUCUCCUCCUCGCUGCAUGCUCUCCUCCUCGCUGCAUGCUCUCCUCCUCGCUGCAUGCUCUCCUCCUCGCUGCAUGCUCUCCUCCUCGCUGCAUGCUCUCCUCCUCGCUGCAUGCUCUCCUUCUCCCACAACCUCUCUCCCUUCCCCGGCUCCUCCCUCCUUCCCCUUCCCACCCUUCCCUUCACUGCAAGCACACCCUGCCACUUUCCUAUGAGCUCCUCUCCUCCCUCUCUUCGCCAUAA